UAAUGGAUGAGUUAGUGGUGAUAACGGAUGCAAGGACCGUGGAAGAGCCAUAAAAUGUCUCAUUAUGAACCGUGCAUGUAAACUGUGCUACAGAAAAAGGAUUUCCCCUGGCUAUGGAUAAAUGAAUAUUGUUCGUUCCCGGCUCAACUUUUGACAUUUGGAUUUCGGAAACUCGGCAAACUUUCUGGAACUUCGCUGACAUACACUGAUACAGACAAUGUCGGCUGUUGGGCGCAAGUUAACACUUAACUUUAACAAGUUAAGGAAAAAGUUAACUGAUGUGCCCUCAGAUGCUUCUCAGGUCGAUCAACAGGAGAAUUACCUGCACCUGCCCUCCAUGGGUCAUUGCGACUCGGGGGAUGGGGGCCAGACCAGCCCUCGGGAGGGCUCACAGCGCUCGGCAAACCUCACAGGAUCCCCAAAACAGAAGAGCAUCUCCAUGUGCAGUAUAAGCAGGCAGGAGUCUGACAUGAUUGGUCAGGAUGACAUCAUGAAGUUGACCCAGGAAGUCAAGUGUUUUUCUGAUGCUCUAGCACUCCUAAAGUCUCUCUUCACAGAACCUCAAGAAUCCAGUGAAGAAGUGAGGGUACUGGCACAUGAGAGACUUGGGGAAGUGCUGAACUUACUUAAAUCUGUCCUCCAAACCUACCAGGCUCUCAACUCCACAGACGUCUUCUCUGCCUCGGGGACACUCAUAGCCAAAAUCAAAAAUUAUAGCUAUGAGGAGGAGGUGGAGGAGGAGAAGAGACAACUGUGUGACGCCAUAGAUCAGCUGGCCCUGGCCUUCAGCAGCAGUGUGUCAGAAUAUCUGAUGGGAGACACAGAAGUUCCAGAGGAAGGUGAUGUGAAAACAAAGUCCUGUGACAAUUUAGCCUCUGUCCCUGGAGAACUAACUGAAGGAGAAUUUAAGCAGGGUCACUUGUCUGCAGAGGAUGUAAACAUGAUCUUAGCACAGCUAGAAGCUGGAGUUGACCUGGCCUUACAGAGAGCCAAGGCCUGGUCCAAGUAUGCCAAAGAUGUUGUCUCCUAUAUAGAGAGAAAAUGUCAGUUUGAGUCUGAUUAUGCCAAAAACCUGACCCGCCUUGCACAGAGUAUGAAACAGCCGUUAACAGAAGAGGGCUUCCUGCCUCUCCAGUCAGUCUACUGCACCUCCUUGUCACAGGAUCUGGAGUAUGCCUCAACCAGCCAAGCCACAUGUACUCUACUCCAUGGCCAGAAGUUUGUGGAGCCAAUGAAUGCACGUAGAGCUGAACAUGACAAAGUGAGGAAGAUCUUAAAGGAAGUGUGGAACAGGGAGAAUAAGAAGAUGCACGAUGCUGUGACAAACUUGAGGAAGGCCAAGUCCAUGUACAUCCAGCGUCACCAGGAGUAUGAGAAAGCUAAGGAGCUCUCCCUGAAGACAGAGACAGAGAUGCUGAAUCAGAGCGGGGGUGCUGCGCUCAGCAAGAUUGACAAGCGCAAACGCUUGGAGGAGGACGCACUUCACAGGGCCGCUGAAGCAGAAACUACAUACAAAGCCUGCGUUGCUGAAGCCAACAUCAGGCAGGAGGAAAUGGCCAAGGUCAAGAAAGUAGUGUUGGCCAAGUUACAGGAGGAAAUCAGUCUGUCAGAUGAGAUGAUGAAGAAGGUAACGAUGGACUACUUCCAGUUACAGAUAGCUGUCAGUGCUCCUGUCCCAGUACAGUAUCAGACACUGUGCGAGACGUCCCACGACUACGAGCCUGGCAGUCAGUAUGCAGAGUUUGUCAGGAGGCUACCUGUGUCUGCCAGGAGGGUUCAUAAUGAACUCUUCACCUUUGAACCCUAUAUAGUGGACAGGCAACAGGGUGAGAGAAAGCCGAGUAACCAGUCUAAUGGCUCAGGAGGUUCAGAGCAGGCCUCGCAGGAGAGUUCGCCUCAGUCAUCACCACGAAAACAGCAGAGAGGUAACCCACUGAGAGCCUGGGGUCAGGGUAUACUGCACGGCUCUGACACAGACAGUGCCAGUAGUAACCGCUCCAUGGACAACUCACCCAGUGCCAGUCCCCGGGGUGGGGGGAUCAGACACCUGGAUCAGCCUGAUGAUGAUGGAGAGGACAGGCUCAACGACAGUGGUAUAGGUCAGAGUGUGGAGAUGCUGGUGGGCCAGGGCAGGAAGACGAUCGGGGGACGAGGGGGGCGGGACAGCGACUUCCAAGGAAUCUGCUCUCGUCUUGGGAAUCGCCGAAACACGUUUGGAGUUGACUUUAGUGAGCAAGUGAAGCAGACUAACACAGACGUACCCCCCAUUAUCACACUGUGUCUAGAGGAGAUAGAGAAAAGAGGCAUGGACAUUAGGGGGAUUUACAGAGUAUCGGGUGUGAAGUCAAAGGUAGAAAACCUCUGCCUGAAGUUUGAUGACGACCCAGAAGGUGUGGACUUGUCAGAAGAGAACCCUAACGUCAUCUCCAACGUUCUCAAACUCUACCUCAGACAGUUACCUGAACCCUUGUUAACUUUCCGGCUAUACCCAGACUUCAUCCGGAUAGCUAAGGAGGACAUGACCGGUACUGUCGACCAUGCUAGUACUGUGGAGAGACUAAGAGGGAUGGCCAAGAGACUGCCCAAGUCCAACUACAAGACAAGCGCCAUGCUUAUGCUCCAUUUGAAAAGGAUGGCAGGAAAUGUUGAGAUUAACCAGAUGAGCACUAACAACCUGGGUAUUGUGUUUGGACCCACACUAUUAAGGCCCAGGGAAGGAACGGCUUCUCUUACAUCACUAGUGGACACUCCUCACCAGACUCACAUGGUGGAGCUACUUAUAGACUCAGCUGAGGAGAUCUUCGGUUCAGAUAAGGAUUUGGAGGGCGGUGAGAACCUUGCUACAGAUGACUCCACACUGACAGAGGAGGAGCUAGCAGCAGGUGAGGGUACAGAAGAGGGGCAUCACCAGGAGGUAGUGGUCAGGACUACCAGCAAGGCCGCAGUGGAGUCGGUGUUUCGAGACAACCCUUCAAACGACCACAAGGAGCUGGGCCAGGAGUUCAGUCUGCCUGGCAGUGCGUCACACUCUAACCUGGAGAAUCAGUCCCCAGAGAGCACCUCAGAUGUUGGCUCUGACGAGAAAAGAGCUCGAGUUCUUCCUGUUCAGCAUGUAAAGACGCGAAGUCAGGAGACAGUGCAAGCUAAAGGACAAAAUGUUGACGUCCAGACCGAGCCGUCAGGCCAAGGGGAGGCAACUGGGGCUGCUCCUACUGUAAAUAUCAUCAUACCAAUGGACAGCGUGCAAGCGCUUCGAGAGAAGAUGAAACGAGACUUGGGCGUGUCUUCAUCCCCGCCCAAAACUGAGGCACCCAUACAUGACACAGCUCUGAAAAGCCCUGGGGCACUGGCCAAGAUGGCAUUUCUCUACAGCACCCCAGAACCCAGCAAGCAAAACUGGGGUCCAAAGUUUACAGAAAAGGCAUCCAGCCUAAGGGCGUCUCACUCUGCUCCUAUUGUGACAGCCUCAGACUCCUCCCCCACAGAACAGACAGCCAGGGAGUCCUCCACCCCAGUAGAGCUUUCUGCUGGAGCUAGACCUGCAGGGCCCCGUCUGAGUUUACCUGUACCUAAACCUUACACCAGCAGCAGCACCAACACCAACACCACAAUAGUGCGACCAGUGGAGGUGAGAGGGCUUGACCAGAUGAGUACGGCCCAGGGCAGCCUUCAGUCCUCGGGCACUGGCCCUAUCAGCAGCACUAAGUCACCCGUCACAACGGUAGCCAAAAUCAAUGUGUUAGAGCCAAUGAGUGAGUCUAGCAAAGUCUGUGUGGCAAGUAGCGGUGCAGAGGAAGGUGCCGGCGUGAGCGUGUCGACAUACCCUGUCAAGACAUCAUCGGGAAAAUCCGUCGCCUACAGGAUCCCUGUGAAAUAUAUGGUGACAAACCCUCCAGGAAACACAGAGAGUGCUUCCAAAGUGCCAGCACCUGAGGCCAAAACUGUUGUCAUCAAACCUGUGAAACUAACAGCUCAGGAGCUAGAGACAAAGUUUGUAUAAAGGCUUAGAUUAGAGCUUCCUUCUGAAGUACUGUGCUACAGUGCUAGUGUUCUAGGUGGCUGUCAGCUUGUACAGUGGCUGUUACAGUAGCUUCUGUAACUUAGUCCCAUGUUCUGUUGCCUUAUGAGGACUUUUCAUGUAUGCAUGAGUUUCUGUGCAAAGGGCCCAGGGAUGGAUGCAGGGACCUAUGUCAAUGUGCAUUCAGCUGUGUUUGCAAGGUAGUGUACCAUGCCCGGUUUGCUAGAAACUCAGAUGGGUUUGCAAGAUAGUGUACCAUCCCCGGUUCGCUAGAAACUCAUCUGGGUUUGCAAGAUAGGGUACUGUGCCUGGUUUGCAAGCUACUAUCCCUGAUUUUGAAGAUUUUGAGCCAUGUUUGCAGCACACUGAGCAAGGUUGGCAAAAUGGUCAGGAAGAAAUUGUGGAUACUUGCUCUGUAUGCAUUUGUAGAUUUUCUCUCUCUCCCCCAGCAGUGGUAGAAAUCUCAAAGUGAAAAGUGAUGCCUGAUUGCUGCGCUGAAAAUUUUCAGCAGAAGCGCUAAUGUGUCAAGUCAGAGAGUAGCACGUUCAUGGACAGAUUAUAUAGUGUCUUGCUAUGUUUGACCAUGCAAGCUUGUGUCGUUUGUGAAGGGGUGGAAACAAAGAUGGCAGAGUGUACUCUGCAGGGUAAUAAACUUGCCUGGUAACUGAGAGAGACUGACGGUGGAUGAAUGAAGUUAAGUAGUAACUGACAGAAACUGUCAGUUGAUUAGUUAAUUUGCUUGGUAACUGAAAGAGUCUUGGCCAGCUGUUGAAUGAAGUUGCCUAGUAACUGAAGGAAUUGGCCAAGUGGUGAAUAAAGUGCCUAGUAACUGAGAGAGACCUGGCUAGGUGGUGAAUAAAGUGCCUAGUAACUGAGAGAGACCUGGCCAGGUGGUGAAUAAAGUGCCUAGUAACUGACAGAGACUUGGCCAGGUGGUGAAUAAAGUGCCUAGUAACUGACAGAGACUUUACCAGGUGGUGAAUAAAGUGCCUAGUAACUGAGAGCGACCAUACAGUGUUACCCACAGACUCAGGUGUCAGGUAACAGAUAAAGUUACCUGGUACUUAUGAGUUAGUGUUCCAGUGACAUUGUUAACGUACAGUUUAAUUUAACAAGCUCUAGGUUACUCAAUAAACAUGACUUAAUUUUUUUGGCUGUACUAUACACUACUGCUCAUGGUAACUUCAAGAAUGUACAUGAUGAACUGACAGAAUACAGUAUAACAUAUGCUACUAAACUUCAUUGUUUCAUUGUACAGUGGUACUUAAGUGAUUGAACGAGUCUGACAUUCUACUUGACUUGUUUCUGAACGAAUAUAACAUUAUAUAAUACUUGUUACUUAAGUGCAUAUUAGAAUUCAAAGUUACUGAACGAACAUAACACUACUGUAUUUGUUCAUUACUCCAUGACUGUUACUGAACAAACAAGACACCCUAUACACUUGUUUCUAGUGUACAACACUAGUGCUUCAAGUUACUGAACGAACAUAGCAUUCUACUAUGCCAGUACUUGUUGCUUGGUUGUAACACCAGUGCUCCAUGAUAACACUACUAUACUUAUUUCUAUAUUGUAUCACUAGUGCUACAAGUUAUUGAAGGAACUUCAACACUCUUAUUCUAGAUGUUACUUUGUAACAUUACUAUACAUGUACAUGAUGCCUCAUUGUUAACUUGUGAAUGAAGACAACGUUUUGGACUGCCCAUCACCAGGUUGCUUUGUACCAGCUUUUGGGGAGAAACCCUAACCCUGAUACAAGCUACCUGUGUUUAUUCUUACAGACAUGUUAUUCAUCUCCUGUAUGUACUGUACACGUAUGGGGUUUUUCCUGUAUUUUCACCUGUUGUUGAUUCGUUUGUGGCAUGAUGGGGCAAGUUGCAGUGCACAGCAUGGUUUGUGCCAUGAAGGUGUACGUGGCAGUGCACAGCAUGGUUUGUGGCAUGAUGGUCUUCUUGGCACUGCACAGCGUGGUUUGUGCCAUGAAGGUGUAUGUGGCAAACCACAGCAUGGUUUGUGUACAGGCUAUAAUAUCAAAUGUGCAAUGGCUUUUGGCUGCAUGUUGCUUUUAUCUCUUCUCUGGUGAGAAAUUUAUUGAAUAUUUAUUAUUAUUGUAUAAAUAUGUAUAUUUGUGUA